AAUCAUUUCCAUCAAACUCAAAUGCAAGCUAUCGAUAGAGGCGCCAAAUUGGUGUUUGAUGAUGCUCCCACUAGAGACUAUAAUCAUGCUACCGACUCCAACUACAAGAGCUUAAGGGCGCAGGCCGAGCAGUUGUACCAAAAGCGGAACAAGUUGGCUCAGCAAUCACAAGCCGCCUACAAGGCUGGAAACAAGCAAAAAGCUCAUCAACUCAGUGAACAGAGCAAGCAGGUAUUGGAUGAAGCCGAGCACUAUAAUCGUCAGGCUGCUGAAUAUGUUUUCCGAGAGAAUAACACCGAUUCAGCUCAGGAUGAGAUUGAUUUACAUGGAUUGUACGUGAAAGAAGCCGAAUACUUUUUACAACUAAGAAUUGUUCAGGAAGUCAGAACCAACCAGAGUCAUUUGAACGUCAUUGUCGGGAAGGGGUUACAUUCCAAGAACGGUAUUGCCAAGUUGAAGCCCGCCAUCGACGACAUGUGUGAUGAAAGUAGAUUAACUCACAGAAUUGAUCCUCAUAAUUCGGGUGUUUUGCAAAUUGACUUGAGCAAGACCUCCAUCAACCAGUUGCCACAAAGAUGGGUGGCCUUGACACCCAGCACGGGGGUGUACCAGCCUUCAGGGUACCAGCUGUAUGCUCCACAAUACCAGAACCAAAACUCACACUCUCAAGGAUACAGUCAGCAGCAACAGCAACACAAUGGCAACCAGAAAACCAACCCGCUUGUGGACUUGUUUGUCAAUAUUUUGUGUAUUUGUAUUAACCGUCUGAAAUAGGUAAUAAAUAUGUACUAUAUUGAACAAAAGAUAUUAUCUAUGUACUAGUAUGUACAAUAUUGAAUAUAAAACAUGACUAAUGAAAAUGACCAGUAAAUACGUAACUAUAUAAGGAGACGAAUGUCUCCAUCAAUAACCUUAUUAUCUACCCACUCUAUUCUACCAGGUCUAACAUCCACAUCCAGCAGAGUCUCCCUCCAAAUGAAUGUUGAUGGCAUCAUUAUAGUCGUCGCUAACAUCGUUUCCAUUGGCAUCGUUCAACUCUUCCUGCUGUAACGCCAUCUUGGCCACCACUUCAAAUGCUGCCUCUACGUUAAUGGCAUCUUUAGCAGAUGUUUCAAAUACGGGGUAGUUCAAACCUCCCAACUGGUUAUUGGUGAUAUUGGCCAACUUCUUCUGUAAUGAGGGAAUUUUCUUGUUUUCGUCCACAUCGAUCUUGUUACCUAUUAUUAUGAAGGGAAAGUCCUGGGGAUUGCUAACAUUGGACUGGACUAAAAACUCAUCUUUCCAGCUAGCCAAGUUGUUCAACGACUUUUCGUUAGUCACAUCGUAACACAAAACACAACAGUCAGCUCCUCUAUAGAAUGCUACUCCCAAGCUUUGGAAUCUUUCUUGUCCAGCAGUAUCCCAAAUUUGUAAAGUCACUUGCUUGUUGUUAUCGAGCGUGAUAUCUUUGGUCAAAAAGUCGGCUCCGAUGGUGGCUUUGUAUUGAUGGCUAAACUUGUUGUUGACAAACUGCUGCAUCAAAGACGUUUUUCCGACACCGGAGUCUCCUAAAAUUAUAACCUUCAAUAACGUUUUCUUUCUGCCUGACAUCGUCUCUUGGUAUUU